UUACCUACAAUACUCGCCCAUGAAUUACUGUUGGGCGUGGGUCUAUCUAGUAGUGGUAGUACAUUAUGCAGUGCUGGCGCUACUUCACCUACAACAUCGACAGCUUCAGCUGGUUUUGUGGGUUGUGCCGGUAUGAAUAGUGCAUUUCCAGCUCUGGCCAUGCCAAAUUCUUGCAAUACACUUCCACAUACACAGACCACUUCAACGGCAACAACAACGGGUAUUGGUAUGCCGAAUAAUUUGCAGUUGAGUCGAAAUUUAGUUAUGCUUAGAAAUCAUCUACGCAAAAAUACGAACGCAUCGAAUUUCAGCGAUGAAAAGGAGCAAUAGCCCAUUACAACAAUAACGAAUUUUAUUAUUAGUUUUAUGUAUUAAAGUAGUUUUAUUUU